GGAAACUCACACACAGAGAGGUCCGUCAUACCUCUAAGUUCAUGAUAUAUACUUGCCGUUCAGUUGUGAUCUCCGUUGCUUAAUUCAAUUGUGUUGUCCAGUGAAGCAAAUGCAAGUUUCAACGUCUUUUUUUAGCAAGCAUGACAAUCUCUAUGAGGACCGUAUAUGGGAGUUUCAGUGCAAGGACACCUUUAACUCAAACCCUCAGUGCUUCUGGACAAACUAUGUGAAUAGUUUUGAUGAGCAGUUCACCUUCGUGUGCCCCAACAAUUACGUCAUGACGGGGAUGGGCAGCAUUCAUGACGAUAAAUAUGGAGACAGAAGAUGGCAGUUUCAGUGUUGCCAAACUUAUAACUACUGUAACUAUAACUGUCAGUGGACGCCUUAUGUGAACUUUUAUGAUGAGGAAUUCACAUGGCUCGUUCCAAGUAUGAAUUACCUUGUUGGAGCUGAAAGUGUCCACAGCAAUUCUUAUGAAGAUCGUCGCUGGAAGUUCUACUACUGCACACGGAGCUAUUGCUGAUUCAUGAAUGUCUGAAAAAUCAUCCACGUUUCUGAACAUUCAUCAAUAAGCAUCAUCAAUAAACAGACAAUUCAAAAUA